UCUCCAUCUGCUCACCAUGUGAAAGUUAUGGCCGCAUUUUCCAGAUACUUUGGGUUACACAGAAAGUCAACAAACGCCAUUCCGCUGAUAGCCGCAGGCUGUGUGGAACUCACAAAGGAUGCAGUCAUCGCCGGGAUAUUUGCAGGCAGGGCAUGUGUUGUCAAAGGGGUUCUGGCAGAUACCGCAAAGAUCAUCUUCGGGAAGAUCCCAUCGCCAUGUCGCGACCGCGUUCCACCUCUUGAUCUUGACCUUCAUCGCUGGCAGAUUUCCGGCGAGUCUAACAAUCCGGUGUCUUAUAGGGUCGUUUUAGUUGUUGGUAGUCUCUGUUGGAGUGUCUAUGGAGUCUCUCAUCCGAUGUUGAAAGCGGGAGAGAUGCUGGCGCCGCCGUUAUCAGUUCUCCCUGCAAGGGCAGCCAAGUGUUAGUGGGUCAUGGCGUAAUUGGGCGCUUGCUGUGGCCCAAGCUCCUCGACCCUCCCCAGGAAUUUCAAAAGUUUCCCUCUCCAAAUCCCCGACCACCUCUUCCCCCCCAAGCAGCUUUCAACGACAAAGAACCAAGUCCUGGACCCCGCACCUACAGAAUCCUAGGGUCGUCACCAAGCAUCUCUCCCACUUGUCUUUCUCCAAGACAACGCCUGUCCUUGGAAACCAGUCGUCCCUCCUGGCCCCGUCACGGCUACGGGUGCAGGGAAUCCUAGCAGUUUGUCGGGAACAGAAACGAGCCAAAAGCCCGGCAUCGUUCGAGUGUUUAAGCAGCUGCUUGGCGCUCGCUUAUCGUGCUCAAACAUCUCCAACUACAAGCACAAAUCUCCCCUUCCAGAGAACCAGACCAAUCCUCCGCGACUGCACCAAUUGACACUGCCACCAUGGCUUCUCUCUUUAUACUUCGCCCUUUACGGGUUUCGCUGCCUCGAUCUGGCUCGCAGCAGCUUCGUCAGCCAGCCGCCAAAGCCGCGGGGGUGCGUCGGUCUUUUUCCAGCUAUCUUGUGACUCCCCAAGAACUUGCCGAAGCCCUCAAGAAGGCCCCUCCUUCGCCCAUCUCGUCCGAGCCCCGCGUUAUUCCUCUGUGUGCCUCGUGGUUUCUGCCAAACGACCCGGAAGGCCGGACAGGUAUCGACGUCUUUCGAGAGAAGCGAAUUCCAAAAGCCCGGUUCUUUGAUCUGGACAAGGUGAUCGACAAGCACAGCGAAUACCCACACAUGCUCCCAACCCCAAAAGGCUUCGCUGCGGCCAUGAGCGAGCUGGGCAUCCGGCACGAGGACACAGUGGUUGUAUACGAUAGCAGGGAGCUGGGAAUCUUCAGUGCGCCCCGAGUCGGCUGGACAUUGAAGACGUUUGGCCAUCCACGGGUGCAUAUUUUGAACAACUUCAGGUUAUGGGUAGAACAGGGUCUGCCAACUGAGUCGGGGAAUGUAUGGACUGUCGAGUGCGGCACGUACCCCAUCCCCGAAAUGGACGAAGCGAAAGUGGCACACUUUGAGGAUGUGCGAGAGGUAGCUCUUGAUUACAACAAGGAGGGCGCUGAGGGCGUCCAAAUUCUGGAUGCGAGAUCAUAUGGCCGUUGGUCCGGCAAGGACCCUGAGCCAAGACCGGGGCUUUCUUCGGGACACAUGCCCGGUUCCAUCAACAUUCCCUUUGACGCUGUCUUGGAUCCCCAGACCAAGGCCUUCCUUCCUGUAGACAAGCUGAAGCAGGUUUUCAAGGAAAAGGGCGUUGACCCGGCAAAACCCAUCAUCUCCAGUUGUGGCACGGGAGUGACAGCAUGUGUGCUCGAGACGGCGCUCAACGAGGCCCAGUAUGGCUCUCCAGAGAAAAGGAAGGUCUACGACGGGAGCUGGACGGAAUGGGCCCAGAGAGUGAAGCCCUCGGAUUCGCUGAUUCGCACCGUGGAGCAACACAGCGAGUAAUACAGCACUGCUAUGACAGCAACCCCAACUUAGAAAUCACUGCUCACUGGAUUCCAUAUUUAUUGGACAUGAUCAGUUAUUCAAACCGACCAUACGAGCUUCUGGCCUUUCCUCGCAUUUCAACAAGACACACCUUUGUGGACACAAACGGAGCGAGGGCUGGGCUGUGUUCGCGGGGUAGUAGUCAUCUACGCAUUACAGAUGUUACACAGAUCAGGGGUGGCGGUGGUGGGCGGCGGCAUUAACGGCGUUUGGGGGGUGUAUGGAGACUGUACAACCGCAGGCAUUUGGUACGCACCUAAGCAAUAUGAUCACAGCAAUGAAUCCUAGCCUCACACGCUCUUGUUACCUUUGCGAAUGUCCUAGAGAGUACUCUGUUGCAAAGUUGCCGUGUCAAGGUCUGCUGAAAGGCGGGGUUGAAAAGCGACGGGCU